AUGGUCCUUGGAGCUGCUCUUCUUGGACUUGUGUUUUUAAUGGUUCAGAAGAUCUGGGCACAGCAUGGGUCACCACCCCAGCCUUCCAUCUGGGUCAGUCCAGGAGUUGUGGUUUCCACAGGCAGUGAUGUGACCAUCUUCUGCAGGACCCUUCCAGGAGUGACCACUGUGCGUCUAGCCUGUCUUGCACCCAGUACUGUGUGGUAUGAUGGUACCCCACAGGGAGCCCAGGAGGUGUUUGAACUCAGUCUGAAGAAUAUAACACAGAGUAAUGCUGGGGUUUACUUCUGUGCAUACUUUAAUGGAAGUCAAUGGUCACGAAAUAGUAACAAUCUGGAACUGGUGAUAACAGGUGUUUACAAUGAGAAGUCAUUCCUUAGUGCUGAUUCAGGACCUCAGGAAAUCUCAGAAAGAAAUAUGACUCUCCUCUGUCACACGCAUCCUUCCUUUGACAUCUUCAUCCUCUGCAGAGGUGGAAGUGCCUCCUUUCCCCAGAGCUGCUCACGUCAGGACCACAGCACAUUCCUCAUCUCCCCUGUGAGCCCUGGGAACAAGACGACUUACAGAUGCUUUGGCUCUCACAAACAAGCUUCCUACUUGUGGUCACUGCCUAGUGAUCUGCUUGAGUUUUCAAUUCCACAAUCUUCUACAUCAGAUUGCAGAUUUGAGAAUCACAUUCUGCUCAUGCUGGCUAUCGUCAUCCUAUUAGGUCUCGGGGUUCUACUGCUGGAUGCUUGCAACAGCAGAGAGAGCCCAUGAUGCCUUCAGAGAGUCCUAACCUGAGAGCCCAGCUACCCCUUCCUACACCUCAUCAAUGUUGGGAGGAGGGAGCUGCUUUUUGGUUCCCAGCCGCUUAGUACCAAAAUAAU